CACCCCGCGCCAAGCGGCGGCUGCGUGCUUCAUACCAAAGUCCGCCUUUAUCAUGACGUAAAAGUGAAAGACGACUUGAAAACGUAGCUGGUAAGAAUGGCCCGACAGGACGGGGAGACUCGGGGUUUGCUGGAGAAAUGCCUCAGGGCAGCAAACACCCCCGCCACUCAAGCCACGGAAGCCGAGAGGCACAUUUACUGCAGUGUCAGAGAUUCCUUGCGUGAGGAGUUGGCUUUGCUUCUCCAAGAGGCCGAAGAGAUGAGAUGGCCCUUUGUGCCCGAGAAGUGGCAGUACAAGCAGACCAUCAGCGCCGAUGACAAGAGCAACUUGAGCGAGCUCGUCGGCCAGCAUCUACCUCAGCUCUUGAAUAUCCUGGAAGCCGCCAUUGUGGCUCAGGAAGCCCACGCGGCGCUGGCGGUGAUCUUUUUGGUGGAUCGCUUUCUCUACUGGAUCGACGAGUCUGGGCAAUUGUUGAAGAUCAGCAAGCUGCUUCACAAACGUUACCCGGACGCCCCCGUCGCCCCUCAGUUGGUCAUACGGCAGGCCCGGGUCUACCUCAACUCAGGCAAAUUGCAGAAGGCCGAGUACAUCCUGAGCCAUCUUAUUAUCGACAGCGGGGCCACAGGAUGUUGGGUGUACCGUUCGGAAAGCGACCGUGCUCUCGUGCAGUCUGUCAGCCUGCAAGUGCGCGGAAUGGUUUUGCAAAAACUAGGCCUGUGGCUGGAGGCCGCGCGGCUCAUCUGGGCUUCUCUGCUUGGUUACUACACGUUGCCUCAGCCAGAUAAAAAGGGUAUCGGGACCUCUCUUGGCAUCUUGGCUAACAUCCUGCUGUCCAUGAAUGACGAAGACUUCCACGCCUUUAAGACCACCCCGGACAUCGACUUAUCGUUGCUCGGCGACGCUAGCCAUCGUCUUCUCUCCGCGGCCAAGGCGGCCAAAAUGGCGGUGGCGUACAGCCAGUACACGUCGCUUUACGUGUUGACCAACGCGACGGCUCAAGGGACCUGCUUGUUGUCGUACAGUUUCUCGCUGGCGUGCCCCCCCGCCAAGAGGACAUUGUUCCUCUUAGAGGCCAAGGAGGCAUUUGAAGUGGGCCUCCUCAGCAAAGCAGAAGGCGAGGUGAUCACCAGCAAGCAGGAGCUGCACACCUUCAUCAAGGCAGCGUAUUCGCUCCUUGUCACGCACAAAUGGCUUUAUGGAGCCUCUGAGGCGGUGACGCGGAGCACGAAAGUGUGCCAAGAAGCUUUAGCUCGUUUUUACCAUUACUCCCGCCCCGACGCUGUCGACAGAGACGGCUUUUGCGCCGAAAUCAUGCGUCAUAUAUCUCGAGUCAAGCUGGAGUUGCAAGUGGAGCCGUUCGUCAAUUCCGACAGCCGCUCUUUCAUCCCCGACACCUUCCGGAAUGUCAAUGACGUCUUGGUCGGGUUCACUUCCGACGACUUCUCCAGUGUGCUGCAGAGAUUUCAGAAGUAUCACUUGUCGCUCUGUACAACCGCUGACUUUAAGUCUAACGGCCAGCGGGUGGAUGUAGAUGGAGCAGGAAUUUGCAUCACGGCAUUCGGGACCACGGUGGAUGUUCUCGACGCUGAAAGCGUCGGCGAGGCCGGUAAACCUUCGAGCGAGUGCGCUUCUGAUGUUUCGGAACUGCCCGACCGUAGCAGCAGUGUCACGAACGCAAACAGCCUCAGCUCUUCCUGGAAGAGGCUCUCCUUGACGAGUUCUGGGUCAGGAAGAAGCGCCGUGGGCCAUUUUUCCUCCAGUGUCUCCAGUCACGGGUCUGACAAGUUUGAAAUAAUACAAGCCGAUAUCCCAACGGCGGACUCGGAUGACGACGAUCCAGAUGGACUAUCCUUAUCCCAACUGAUACUCAGCAGCUCACUCAGCAACAGUUUUGGCUCCAAGUCGUCAUGGGAGCACAUUUCGGCAAGCCUGGGUUCAUCUCGGUCUGCGGGAAUCCACCAGCGCGCCAAAUCGUUCGAGUCCAGCGGGAGUGUUUUUCUCAAGACAGCGCAAGAUUGCGAAGAUAACGACACCACUGGGUGGGAAAUUUUAGGCCUGCCCAAAGCGCUAGAGAACUUUAAAGCGGAUGCUGGGAAUUGUAGCUCCACAGAAACCUCUACGGACGAUUGUCAUGGGACAGCAGAGGAAUCGAUUGUUGGUCCUCAGACGUGGAACCUUGGGUGCAACAGUUGCCUCAAGAUCCACAGCCUGGCUCAUGUUGCUCCUGCGAGACAGUACUACUUGUCCCAGGAGGACUACCGCAGUCUCCUGGCUGGAGUCUGCCACCAAUGUCUGCUGAAGAGACUGAGGAGCGAGAAAGAGAAGUUCAAACUCGAGCGCUACGGCACGACCCAUAAUGCUCUACAUUUAAAGUUCUCCAAGGCAUCGGGAUUGUGGACCGCUCGGGAGACCUGUGUCCAUAUCGGCGAGUCAAUGGGCUUGCAAGGCACGCACAGAACUGCCAUCUGGGUCCAGUUCUUACACCAGGAAGAAAGGCUGAGCAGUUACGUCGGGAAGGACUACCGGAAGCCGACGCAGAUCCAGUUUCACCUGAGAGAUGUGGAGAGGCAGAUGACGGCCCAGUAUUACGUGACAGAAUUCAACAAGAGCCUCUACGACAAGGAGGUCAUGGCCCAGAUGUUCUUUCUGCCCUCCGAGGCCCUGCUGAUUUUGGACGGUGAUGUCAUCGCGGGCUGCAUCACCGUGGAGCCUUUCAUGCUGGGUCAAUUUGUCAAACUCACCAACAACAUCAAAAAGAAGAACGACAAACUGCCUGCGACGGAAUACGGCCUGGCCUUCGGACACUUCACCUACCUGCACUCCGAGUGCCAGGACGUCGUCGUGGACCUGCAAGGGUGGGUGACGGCCAACGGUAAAGGGCUGACGUACCUCACCGACCCCCAGAUACACUCCACCAGAACCCCUCGCGGCCCGUCCAACCUGGCUAGCAGCGGUAUUGCUACCUUCCUGCGGGAGCAACACGGGCCAGAGUGCAACAGCGUUUGCCGGCGACUCAACCUGCCGCCGGUACCCCAACAGUCGUCGUGAAGCCGCUGUCAUCCAAUCUUCAUGUUGUUUCUGAGUUGUUGACAAUAAUCAACGAAACCA